AUGAACCCAGAUGGUACCGAUCUCGAUCUGGUCUUCGACGUCUUUUCCACAAACCAAACCUCAUCCGCAGAUACUUCUACUGGUCUUGCAGGUGCAUUCCAACCUUCUUGGACUGCCGAUGGCGAAUGGCUCACCUUUGGACUCGGAUACUGGUUUUUCGAAAGAUCGAUUGAGCCGGGUUGGAUUUAUCGCGUCACAGCUAACGGUUCUCACUACGAGCAAUUGACUUUCGGAGAAGCCGGUGUUUCCAAUGCAGGAUUCCCAUCUUACUCACCCGAUGGAACCAAGAUCGUCUACAGAGAGUGUGGCCCUGCUCCUUUGUACUGCAUCGGUCUCCGCAUUCUGAACCUCGCUGAUGGUACCGUCACCAACUUGACCGAUACCUGGGAUAACACUCCUGGUUGGUCUCCCGACGGAGAGCGCAUCGUUUUCACCCGUCGUAACCAUCUCAACUUUGACGAUCUUUCAGCGACCGAUUCCUACGACGUUUACACCAUCUUCCCUAACGGAACUGGCCUCACACAAGUAACAACCAGUGGAGCCAAUGAUGCUCACGCUGUUUGGUCCGCCGAUGGAAGAAUUUUGUACAGCAGUGGAAUGUAUGGUUUCAGAGAGGAGAGUCCUCUCUACGAUAAUGCCUUCCAGCCCUAUGGACAAAUUAUCUCCAUGAACUUUGAUGGAUCAAACAAGACCAUGUUGACUGAUAGUAUGUGGGAGGAUAGUAUGCCUCUUUACGUUCUCAAUGAUGAGUUUUAG